GUCUCCCUUCCGCCGACGCGCAGUCUCGUCUUUGUCCGCCGGUUAGGCAGCCGCCGCCUUUGUUCCCGGCGCCCGUCCGCGGCCGGCGUGGCUGCGCCGCCGAGCUGUCCCCGCGCCGCGCUGGCGUCGUCCUCGUCCCCCUCGCCGCCCCCCGCGCGCGGCCGGGCCUUUCCCCCCAUGGUCUCCCGGCCCGAGGCGGAGAGCGAGGCCAUGGACGCGGAGCUGGUGGUGACGCUGCCGGGCUGCUCGCACCUGAGCAGCUUCAAGGUGGACAACUGGAAGCAGAACCUGCGGGCCAUCUACCAGUGCUUCGUGUGGAGCGGCACGGCGGAGGCCCGCAAGCGCAAGGCAAAGUCGUGCGUCUGUCACGUUUGUGGUGUCCACCUGAGCAGGCUUCACUCUUGCCUCCACUGUGUCUUCUUUGGCUGUUUCACAAAGAAGCACAUUCACGAACAUGCGAAGUCAAAACGGCACAACCUGGCCAUGGAGCUUAUGUAUGGAGGCAUCUAUUGUUUUUUGUGUCAGGACUACAUAUACGACAAAGACAUAGAAAUCAUUGCCAAAGAGGAACAGCGGAAAGCUUGGAAAAUACAAGGCAUCGGAGAGAAGUUUUCAACUUGGGAGCCAACCAAAUGUGAGCUUGAACUGCUGAAACACAACCCAAAAAGGCGGAAGAUCACAUCUAACUGCACCAUAGGUCUGCGCGGUCUGAUCAACCUUGGAAACACGUGUUUCAUGAACUGCAUUGUCCAGGCACUCACCCACACGCCACUCUUGCGAGACUUCUUCCUGUCUGACCGGCACAGGUGUGAAAUGCAGAGCCCCAGCUCAUGUCUGGUCUGCGAGAUGUCAUCGCUUUUUCAGGAGUUCUACUCAGGGCACCGGUCCCCCCACAUCCCAUACAAGUUGCUGCAUCUGGUGUGGACGCAUGCGCGACACUUGGCAGGGUACGAGCAGCAGGAUGCCCACGAGUUCCUCAUUGCAGCCCUGGAUGUCCUGCACCGACACUGCAAAGGCGACGACAAUGGGAAGAAAGCCAGCAAUCCCAACCACUGCAACUGUAUCAUCGACCAGAUCUUCACAGGCGGCCUGCAGUCGGACGUCACCUGUCAGGUCUGCCAUGGUGUCUCCACCACCAUUGACCCCUUUUGGGACAUCAGCCUUGACCUGCCUGGCUCUUCUACCCCGUUCUGGCCCCUGAGUCCCGGAAGCGAGGGCAGUGUGGUGAAUGGGGAAAGCCACAUGUCGGGAACCACCACUCUCACCGACUGCUUGCGAAGAUUCACCAGACCGGAGCACUUAGGAAGCAGUGCCAAGAUCAAGUGCAGUGGUUGCCAUAGCUACCAGGAGUCCACUAAACAGCUGACCAUGAAGAAACUGCCCAUUGUGGCCUGUUUUCAUCUCAAACGAUUUGAACACUCAGCCAAGCUGAGGCGGAAGAUUACCACGUAUGUGUCCUUCCCCCUGGAGCUGGACAUGACCCCCUUCAUGGCAUCCAGCAAAGAGAGCAGAAUGAAUGGGCAGUACCAGCAGCCACCAGAUAGUCUCAGUAAUGAUAAUAAAUACUCCCUGUUUGCAGUAGUCAACCACCAAGGCACCCUGGAGAGUGGCCACUACACCAGCUUCAUCCGGCAGCACAAGGACCAGUGGUUCAAGUGUGACGACGCCAUCAUCACCAAGGCCAGCAUCGAGGAUGUGCUGGACAGUGAGGGGUACCUGCUGUUCUACCACAAACAGUUCCUGGAAUACGAGUAGCCUUAUCUGCAGCUGGUCGGGAGAAGUCAAGGUGGCGCUUCGGCCUCCGUCUCCGAACGACUCCAGCCCCCGAUGUCAUGACCACACCGCCCACACAGAAGAGCGUUGGCCCGAGGUGGGGCCGCAGCCAGUGCCUGGCAUCGCCGUGGGUAUGGCAGGCACGGUCCAGGAUGGCUCUGGUGGCUGCAAACAGAAAAGUGGAACGACGGGCAUGCCCUUGGGGGCAGAGGAGACACGCUACCAGCACGACUCCUGGGCCCCUCCUGUGGGCAAUGGGGGCGUGGGGCGGCCCUGCCCAGGCGCUUCAUUCCGCUGCACAGCUGCAGAGUUUAAAAGGGCGCCAGCCCAUUUAAAAAGCAUGGAUCCAUUAAAGCAGUAAAGUGAAGGUGGCAGUGUAUGGGAUAAGGACUUUGCACGCGUCUGUGUACCUAAGUGUGAAGCUCAGCCUCUGUGCUGUAAGAAGGGCCUCCCAGAGCCCACGGGACUGAAUACACUAACUGGGCUUCCAGGCACGUCUGUUCUGCAGAUAACUUAGCAUCGAGCUGCAUGCGGAAGCGUCACCUCUCUCGGUUUUCUAGAAAUAGGCAUUUUCUUAUCCCCCACCCAUUCUCUCUUUUUCCACAAAUGGUGAAUUUCAUAAAUGUACUGGUAGUAAUGUGAAUGAAUUACUGAGUUUAUACUGAAAUGUAGAUAGUUUUUCCUUUGCUCCCAAGAGUGAGUUUUGCUUUUCAGUGUGGUGCUGUCAUCGCUCCCCUCCCCCCACCCCCAGUGUGCAUCCAUGUCCUGGUUAAACUGGCGGAUGCUGCAGAGCUGAAUCUGCCUGUCUCUCUCCUGUUGAUGUUUUGACGAAAUGAAUCAUCUGGUGGUUCCAUUGUUCUCCUCGUGUUCUUCCUGGCCACCAUCCCACCGGCCAUCCCAGCAGCUGCUGGGUGGUGUGGGUAGAAGCUGGGGUGGCUUCUGUGGAGACUGCAUUUCAUGGCCGAGGGCCUCUGCUUCCCUUGUGUGGCCUCAGUCCUUGUGGAGGAGCUGGAACGCUGGGCGUUGUUCUUGUAAGAUACCUUGCAUGUGUCUAUAUUCAAACCCAAACUUAGACUGUUUAUCCGUUUCUGAGAAAUCAGAACCCAGAGACAUGGGGGAGGAAAAGCUGCUUUAAUAGUUUGUGCAAAAAGCAAUGCUUGUCCUGGGAGUGCAGCCUGUGGAAUUUUUGUUCCUGGAGAAGAAUGGAAUCAUUCAAUUUAUGGGCCAGCAUGUGGUUUUCAAAGAGCCAAAUGGUCUCAGCCACAGCCGCAGAUAAUUCACACAAAUGAGCGGGGCUGUGUUCUAAUAAAACUUUAUGGUGACUUAAAUUUGAAUUUCAAUAUAUUAGGCUCUUUUAUAUUUUUUUUUGCUCUUUAAAAAUGUGUGAACUAUUCUUAGCUGACAGGCCGUGCACAGACACCUAGGUAGGGCGGGGUCUGGCUUGAUAACUGGUUAAGUCAGGGCUUGGGGGCAGGGACAGCAGGGGCUAAGGAGAUGCUGCGAGGUGUGGAAGGCAUUAGGUGCAUGAAGCACUGUAAAGCAGAGCCGUGCUGCAGAGGCACCGUGUGUGACAUGACACGACACGCUCCUUGGUGGCGGGGCUGUCCAGGCACUUGCCCGGCUGAUGCUCAGUUAUGUUUCUGUAUUUAAAGAAAACAUGUUUUAAAAUAGCAGGUGUUACCAGAGAAGUGUGGAUGGGUACAGAUCUUCAGAAAUAGCCCCAUGAGCCUGAGUUCUGUGUGUGACUGUGCUAUGAAGGGUUCUUUUUGGGAGAGGUGUUGUUUUUCAAAAAGGAACAAAUCUGUGGAAAGGAGAAUCAGCUGACAUUGGCCUGUAGCUUUCUGAGCCACUGAAGUCCCUUCCUGCCAUGUGCUACCUCACAGCCUCCCUGCUCUCCUGGCACGUCCUAGAUGCACCGGGGACAGAGUGAACGCAUUGGUCUGGGGUUUUCUGGCAGAUGACCUCUGGCCUGGCCAGCCCUGCGUCCCCACACCUGUGUCCUCCCUUGCACCCCUUCCCAUCUCUGCUGGUGUUCAGAGGCUCAGCUACACAAGAACGCUAGGGUUGGAAGAACAUUGAGGCCAUGUUUUUCUUCUGUAGACGUUAUUUUAAACUUCUGCACCCAUGUUCAUUCUGUUUCUUUGGCACUGGUGUUCUGAGCAUGUAGCUCUCUGUUGCCAGCUCCAGCCCCUUUGCCCAGCCACCUGCACCGUUGUACACAUUUGAUUUGCCUUGUUAGAAACAAAAGAGUACAUGGGUUUGGGAAUUUCGUUUCUUUGGGCUCCCUAUCCAGUUACCAAAUUCAGGAAAAAGGCUCUCUUGGUGUUAAGUCUAUUACCAAGUGCAUCUGACCACUGAUGAGUCAUUGGUGACCCCCUCCACAUCCCCAGCUUAAUGAAAACAACCUGUAUUUCUGAGAUGCUGGCUGUCAUCUCAGCAGUCCCCGUGAACAGUGGACAGGGCUGCCCGCCUUUUGAUGGCUGAAUGGUGUUCCCAGGAGAGGGGCACCUGUGGGGCUGCGGCCUCUGCGCCAGGCCUCCCGCAGCACCUGCCCCCACAGUGGCGCUAGUUGGGCUCGGUGCUUUUGCUUUCAUGGGAUAAAGUAGCUGUUCUGACAGUUCAUGUGGCUGUUUGAUUUACUAUAACUUUGAAAACAAAAGUUGUAAGGAAAAAAUUCCAGUGACUGUGCUGUGAGUUUUACUAUUAAGAUGUUCACACCUCCCCUUACCUGUCAUUUUGAGGAACUGUUCGUCUCUUUCCCCUCUUAUUGGCUUGUAGUCUUUCCUCUCAUAAUAAAGUUGCAUUUUGUCCUGAAA